UGAUCACAUGACAAAAAUGGGAGAAAAGGGUUCAGAGAGAAGGAGAAGAGCUGGAAAUGAUGUCAACGAACCCGUCACUUAUUUAUUUGCCUGCACACUGAACAUGACCUGACACUCAUACUCGGUCUCUGCUGGACACGUUCACAAAUUACUAUGCAGUGGUGUUUCCCCAAACCCUGAUUGUGACAAGACUUUCACUAAGAAUGGCCUCCAAUGCAACACUUCUCAUGCAGCCCCACUCAGACAGCUCAACCCAUCUUCAGAAAAUGUCAGUGGACAUUGAUGCCAUUAUGGAUAAUGUUACAAUAGUCCUCUACACCAUUACCAUAAUCUUCGGCAUCACCGGGAACUCUUUGGUCAUCUGGGUAGCUGGCAUGCGUCUGAAGCCCAGCGUGACUAACGUAUGGCUGAUCAAUCUCGCCGUAGCGGACCUGAUCUUCUGUCUUACCCGUAUAACUUCGCUCCUCAAAAAGCUUUUCUUCGACCACUGGCCUUUUGGACUCUUUCUCUGCAAGUUCAAUGGUUUCUUCAAAUACGCCAACAUGUUCUGCAGUGUUUUUCUUCUGGCCGUGAUCAGCGUGGAUCGAGCGCUCUGCGUCUGGCGUCCAGUGUUAACCAGAGAGCGACGGACGUUAUGUGCUGCUCGUGUGGUCAGCGUGGGAGUUUGGAUCGUGGCGGUGAUCUUUAGUUCACCGUACUUUGUGUACAGACAGGUCUACCUUGGCGACAACAACCUGAGCAAGUGCUCACUGGAGGUGAAAGAAGCUUCGAAGGGUGACAAUUCAGCAAAGAACGCCUUGUACAGCAUCCGCUUCUUAUGUGGAUUCCUCUUGCCCUUCCUGGUCAUCCUGUGCUGCUAUAUUACAGCUGGCAUUGGGAUACGCAGAACAAGGUUUUCUGGAAAAUCGAGGCCUCUCCGGAUUCUCGCCGGACUGGUCUGUGCUUUUUUCUUAUGUUGGGGUCCCUACCACUGCCUACUGCUUGCCAAGAUGGUGGACAAGAAGAGCCAUGCUGUUAAAGUGGGCCUACCUAUCGCUAAAGGCUUUGCGUAUUUCAACAGCUGCGUAAACCCAGUGCUGUACUUCUGCAUGGGACUGGAUGUUAGGCAACGCUUCAGACAAAGCCUAUCAGGGAUUUAUCGCAGAGCACUUAUGGAAGAAGGCCAGACUUUGCAGUCCCAGGAAGGCACUGCAGAAGAAAGCUGUAAUUCCAUUCCAAAGACUGCAGGGAUCAUUCGAGACAGACCCGAGGGCAUGACUAAAGUUUAAAAAGAGUUUCAUUGUAAUGUCAUUUUUGCUUUUUAACAGGACCAGUCAUUGGGAAAAUAUAAAGAGGAAGCCGAUAUAUGUAAACACUGAUCAAGUCCAAAUGUGAAAAAUCACUCUUUUUUUGCUGACAGUUAUACUAUCAGACUGUCUUUAAAAUAAGACGGUUAAGAACUUUUACUGACAAAACCUAAAAGAGAGAACAUCCAGUAAUAGCAAAAUUAACAUGUAUAUAUUUGUAUUUUUAACACUUUGCUAAAUUUUGUACAUAAAAAACAACGGAAACAUUGGUUUUCAAUCGUCAAGGGAAACUAUGGCCUGUUUCUGUGCCCUUUAAAAUCAAAACCACUGUUUAGCAGCUGCUAUAUUUCCUUGAUCCAAAGCCAAUAAACUGUGGUUAGGUUUCUGCUAUGGUUUCUGGCUUUGCUGAACAGCAUAUUAACUUAAGUCAGCUUGAGCUGUUAUUGCUGAUAAUUCCCUUUCUGAUGAAAUGUGCAUCUUAAGGCAUACUGUGCAAAGCUUGAACUACAUUUGAAUCUACAAUUUGAAUUUACAUCAAUCAAUCAAUCAAUCAUUUUUAUUUAUAUAGCGCUUUUAACAACACAGGUUGCAUCAAAGCACUGUACAGUAUAAUGACAGGGAUAUAUAGUGACGAGAGUGACCAAUUUCUUAUUAAA